GGGGUCCCCCGACCCUGGUCGGCUUCAGGGGGCUGGCGGCCGCCCCAGACUGGCGGCCUCGCGGGGGCAGCGAAGCCUCUUUCCGCUCCCUCUGGUGCCGUUGGAUUUGGUGCGCCCGGGGCGCGGCAGUGAUCGCCUUGUGAUGGUGAACGACGCGCUGAAAGCACUGAACUGGAUGGCAGGCUGGAAGGAGUUUUUGUGGGCGAAUCGCGGCCCAGACGGCCUGCCCGAUGACAUGCAGGCGGACGUCCAGCGGAGGGUGUGUGAGUUGGUUGAUAGCUGGUACCCGCGCCCUCCGCCUCUCAGCGACGAGGCGGCUCUCAAGAAGUUGCUUCAAGGACAUUUCCCAUAUCAGGCUGCGGGAUGUCCGACUAGGGUCACGUCCUUCAAGCUCGACCUCCUGAGCCUCCCUGGCUCUGUCCGAGGGUGUCCACUGAUCACGGACGUGGCGCCCUCAGAGGUUAUCGGAUUUCUGGAGGACUAUCGCGAGCGCAUGCCGGCGCCGCCCGUUGAGAAAUACAAGACGGUCCCCUACUUCGAUCCCGAGCUACGUUUUAAUCAGAAAGAAUAUCAUCGGCUCCUCCGCCGUUUGGCAGACAUUGGCAUCAUUACUUGGACCAGUUCCCCGAAGUGCAAUGUGGGUCUCUUCGCGGUGGAGAAGGACGGCGGCGCAGCCCAGAGGUUGAUCGUCGACGCCAGGCGGGCCAAUGAGUGCUUUCAGGCGCCGCCCGGGGUGUCGCUCCUGAGUUUGGAGGGCCUGUCGAGAAUAGAGGUGGAGCUGCCCGCUAGCGCGCCGCUGGGGUCUGAACAGGCCGCAAAGUUGUUGGAGGACUGCUGCCUCUCGAUCGGCCUCUCGGACGUCUCGAACUGUUUCCACGGGUUGCGCGUGCCAGCUUGGCUGUCUGAUUAUUUCUGCCCCCCUCCUGCGCCGGCUCACGUGAUGGGCGCGGCGGGCGCGGAGGUUAACGGGCGUGUUCUUGGCCGCGCGGAGGCAGUAACACCGCGCUGGGCUGUGCUCCCCAUGGGCUUCACUUGGAGCCUAUGGAUCGCUCAGAUGAUCAACGAGACCACCGUGACCAAGGUGACACCCUCUCUGCCUGGAUCCCCUCUGCGCGAUCGCGGACCGCCGCUGGUGGCGAGACCUGCCCUGGAGGAGGAAUGCAACGCGCUCAGCCACUAUGUGCAUGUAGACAACCUCGGAGUGAUAGGCGUCUGCGAGGCCGCAGUUGGCGACGCGCUCGAGCAGCUGGAGGAGGGCUUCAACCGCGAGGGGCUGCUGCUGCACAAGUCGGAGCGCUCACGCGGCGGCAUCGUCGCGCUCGGCACGGAGCUCGACGGGACGGCGCUGCGGACGCGCGUCACGCCCAAGCGAUUCUGGAACAUAUACCAGGCUUUGGGCGCGCUGCUGCGGCGCUGGCGGGCCAGCGCGUGGGCGCUCGAGGUCGUCUUGGGGCACUGCACGUUUGCCGCCUUGUGCUGCCGGGGCCUGCUCAGUGUUUUCCAUUCGGUGUAUGCCUUCGUGGGGCGGGGCCGCGCCUCAGGACGGGCAGGGCCGCUGUGGGACGAGUGCCGCUCCGAAUUACAGGCCUUCAGGUCGCUAAUGAUCUUCAUGUUCAGUGACUGGCUCCGAAGCUGGAACGACCUGGUGGUCCAGACCGACAGCAGCCUUGAGGGGUGCGCGGUGGCGCAGGCGCUCUGGCCUUUGCAGGCCGUGCGCGAGGCUCGGCCGAGCGAGGGCCAGCUGGGGCUCGAGACGCUGUCCAGCCAGAGGAAGGCCACCUUGCGGCCACCAGGCGCCCAGCCGGCGCUGCGCGGCAGGCUGAGUGGCAAGCGCCGCGGAAGGGCUCCCACCGACAACGAGGAUCGCCUGAAGCCCGCGCCCAGGCUGGCAGACGUCGGCGAGAGCAGCAGCACCAGCGGACGAGAGCAGGUGAUCACCGUCCUGACGGCCGCGGCCAGGGGCGCCCACCGCUCCCCCAGCGAGCGCUCGGUGGCGCUGGAAUUGCUGGGGCGAUGCCGGAGCCGGUCGGCGGGCUUCGACUCUUCGGAGGGAGAGCGCCCGCGAGUGCACGGCGAGCUGGUCGACGGCACGCGAAUGGGGUACCUCAGUUUGCUCCUCUUCAUGAGCCGGGGCGCCAGCAAGGGCAUUCAGAUCCAUGCAGGCCUGAUAUUUUCGACGGCGGAGCUCUCGAGGGCCUGCCGCUGCCGGAGGGGCUGGCGGCAGGGGGCCCCCGGCCGCAGCUGGCGCAGCUGGUCUCUGACGGUGUGGGCUGGAGUGGCCAGGAUGUUGGCUGGCCUUUUCCCUCUGCAGGCCUCGGUCCUGUGGUCGGUCUCGCUGGGCAGCCGCUGGAGGCCGAGCAAGCUGAUGAGUCUCAGGGCGCGUGGUACGAUUGCGCCUGCAGGUGGCAUCUCCCUUUCCUGGAGCCUGCUGUUCUCCCUCUCACAGCGGAUCGAGCGGAGCAGUACCACCCGCAGCGACGUCGGCAUCGAGAGGGACUCGCCGCUCUUGCGGUUCAUAAGGCCCGUCCAGAGAGUGAUGGCCGAUGGGCCGAAGGACGAGGUGGUUCGGACGUUCGCGCAUCUCCAGAGUCCCCGGAAGCCGAACUUUUCGCGGGACGAGCCGAGCAUCACAGAGACGAUAGUGCAGCACCCGAGGCGGCACGCGGGACCGUCGAUCGACAUCUUCGGGCAGCGUCGGACGGGGCCGGAGGCCCAGCGCCGCGGACAGGGUGGAAGCAUCAUGAGUGUCCAGCGGUACGACGAGGACGUCAGGUUGGCGAGGAGUUGGGAGCUGCUCCCAGACAGGAGAUCCCAGCUGCUGGAGGCAUGCGGAGCAGCGCUCGAGGACAUACCCCCCGGCAGACCGCACGGCGUGGCGCCCCAUUGGCGGGGCAUCUCAAGGGUCGCUACAUCCUCGACCUUUAUGCGGGGACUGGUGGCGUCGCGCGGGCCGCUGUCCAGCAAGGUUGCAAUGCUCGUGCGUAUGAUCGGGCCCAUGGGCCCAGCGAGGACUUGA